UUAUUUUUCUCUUCAUCCUCAGGGUUGUGGGGCAUCAUGUGGAACAUGUGACUGCAGUGGUGUAAAAGGAGCAAAGGGUGAGCGUGGAUUUCCUGGCCUUCAAGGUAAUAUGGGAUUCCCUGGUAUGCAGGGACCUGAAGGGCCUCCAGGGCCAAUGGGGCCCAAGGGAGAUUUGGGUGAACCUGGGGGUCCUGGACUGAAAGGAGUGCGGGGUCCUCCUGGUCUGCCAGGUUUUCCAGGAAACCCGGGACUACCAGGCAUCAAUGGAAAUGACGGCCCACCAGGUCAGCCAGGUAUCCCAGGAUGCAAUGGGACUAAAGGAGACAGAGGAAGGGAUGGCACUCCCGGUUUUGCUGGUCUUCAGGGACCUCCUGGCAUCCCAGGACUUCCUGGAUUGAAGGGCGAUCCUGGUGGUGUGAUUGGGAUUGUUCCCCUGAAAGGAGACAGAGGAUUCCCUGGCGCACCUGGAUUACCUGGAUCAGCUGGACCUUCUGGACCUACUGGACCUCCUGGACCUCGUGGCUAUCAAGGACCCAAAGGUGAUCCUGGCCCCCCUGGUCCACCCGGAGACAAGGGUGACAGGUUGGCCUUUGAAGGCGAGAAAGGAGAUAAGGGUGAACAAGGAUUUCGUGGCCCACCCGGCCCUCCUGGACCUCCAGCACCGGCAGUGGAGGGACAUACCACAGUGCAUGUGGCUGGACCGCCGGGUGAAAUAGGACCUCCAGGAGACAAAGGAGAAAAAGGCUUUUGCAUCCCACAUCACGAUGGUGUCAAAGGUGAUCACGGCCCGCCUGGACCAAGAGGUAAACCUGGCAAAGAUGGAGAGGAUGGGCCAAAGGGAGAAAAAGGCUUUCCUGGAAAUCCUGGAUUCACUGGUUCUCCGGGUUCAAAGGGAGAAAGAGGACCACCAGGUUUUGGUAAUGGUGCCCCCGGUCCUCCCGGUCCUCGUGGUCUCCCAGGAUUAAAUGGAGAAAAAGGUUUUCCUGGUCCUCAGGGAGAGGCGGGUCCACCAGGCCGGCACAUUGAAGGGCCUCGUGGAGAGAGGGGUCAGAAGGGAGACAUGGGUGAGAAAGGAGAUAGGGGUAUGGAAGGAGAGUCUCUCAUUGGACCUCCAGGACAACCAGGUCUCAGUGGACCCCCUGGACCACCUGGACAACCGAUUGACCCUAAUGAAUGUAACAUUGCUAAAGGAGCUCCUGGUCCACCUGGACCUCCAGGGUUACGAGGGGAAGUGGGACAGAAAGGUGACACAGGAGAUACCUGUGUUCAGUGUGAAAGUUUCGGCCCACCUGGAUUACCUGGCCCCCAGGGUCCUAAAGGAGAUCGAGGACCUCCUGGGCCAGUUGGCAGCAAGGGAGACAAGGGUAGAUCUGGUUCUCCAGGAGAACCUGGAAGACAUGGUUCUCAGGGCCCUCCCGGACUGAUAGGCGCUCCUGGUGCUGUUGGUGAGCCAGGGGACGUUUUCGUAGCUCCUGGUCUGAAGGGGGACAAAGGACUGCCUGGUCAGUCUGGUUCACCGGGACAGCCAGGGAGAGAUGGACUGCCAGGGAGAGAUGGCACCCCAGGUUUUCCUGGUCCCAAAGGAGAACCCGCAAAAGAGGGCAUCAAGGGUGAGCGUGGACCAGCUGGGGACCCUGGUCUUAUUGGGACUCCGGGAGAGAGGGGUCCACCUGGCGUGCCAGGCUUCGGUCGACCAGGAGAGUCUGGAGAGAAGGGCAAUCCGGGGAGACAAGGCUUUCCUGGAGCUCCUGGAGUACCUGGUAUAAAAGGUGAGCCAGGUACAGGUGUGAGCACCCCAGGACCUCAGGGAGUACCUGGAACACAAGGAGAACCUGGCAGACCUGGAGUUAAAGGUGACAGAGGCCUGACAGGUGAUCCAGGGUUGCCAGGUUUUCCUGGACUGAAGGGUGAACACGGAGCUCCUGGAAUUGGAUUUCCAGGCCCAACUGGUCCGAAAGGAAUCAGUGGAAUUCCAGGAGCUCAAGGAUUACCAGGAGAGCCAGGAAAACCAGGAAAGGAUGGCUUAACUGGACAACCUGGUGCACCUGGACAAAAG